CUACACUAUGGUUGUGUUAUGUUUGUGAACUGGGUGCUGUGUGCUUCCUGUACUUAUACUUUUGAAUUAAACUUUUAAUAAAUCGAAAAAUACACCUCUCUGCUUCUGACCAUAUUAGUGUUAUUAAUUCAAAGGCUGCCUAGGAGAAAUAUGUUCAAAUAAUAUGCGUAAAAAUAGUUGUUGAGUCCGGUACCUCGUUGUUGCGAUAACUUGCGCUUCAUAUACGAAGUGUUGCAGCGAAUGACAAAAUGGAGACGCCAGCUGCAGGAACCAGUUCUCCCGGUCUUAUAACUGCUGCACCUUUAUUGCCACCUCCAAUGCUGAGUGGUAUACCUCCACCCAUACCUCCAGCAGUAGCAAUGCCACCAGUUCCUGGUUUGUCUACUACCAUGCCAGGUCUACAACCACCAAUUGGAUUUCCAUCCAUUAUACCACCUUUUACCAUGCCUCCACCUGGAUUUCCGCCAUAUAAAGCAGAUCUUGGAGCACCUGCACCAGAUGUUACACCAUUGGCAAAUCAAAGUAGCCCAUGGUCUGAACACAAGGCACCAGAUGGUAGAACAUAUUACUACAAUUCAGUUACAAAACAAAGCUUAUGGGAGAAGCCUGAUGACUUAAAGACACCAGCAGAGAAAUUAUUAUCUUCGUGUGUAUGGAAAGAGUACACAACUGAUGCAGGAAGAGUUUAUUAUCAUAAUAUAGACACAAAAGAAUCCAGUUGGAUUAUUCCUACAGAACUGCAAGAGAUAAAAGACAAAAUAGCAGCAGAAGAAGCCGCACAAGCAGCUCUAAAUGCAGAUAUACCUCCGGGGGAAGUGCCUCUGCCGAUGUCCCCGGCAACUAUGCAGUCCAAUUCCGGCAGCUCUGCUCUAGAUGAGGCUAUGGCAAAAACGCUUGCUGCCAUUGAUCCCAACUUGGCUAAUAGCAUACCCAUACCUGAGGAGAUUAAACCUGAAGAAAUAGUGGCUCCACCACAAGUAAAUGGCACUGAUAAUACAGACCCAAAUCAAGACUUCCCAUACAAAGACAGAAAAGAAGCCAUAGAUGCAUUCAAAGAAAUGUUACGGGAAAGGAAUGUACCAUCAAAUGCAACAUGGGAGCAAUGUGUAAAGAUAAUUUCCAAGGAUCCUCGUUAUGCCACUUUCAAGAAGCUAAAUGAGAAAAAACAGGCUUUUAAUGCAUAUAAGACGCAAAAACUUAAAGAUGAGCGAGAAGAGCAGAGGUUGAAAACAAAAAAGAAUAGGGAAAAUCUGGAAGAGUUCUUACUUUCUUGUGACCGUGUUACAUCAUUGACAAAGUAUUAUAAGUGCGAAGAAAUGUUUGGCAACCUAGAGAUUUGGCGAUGUGUUCCGGACGCUGACCGCAGGGAUAUUUACGCGGACUGUAUCUACACGAUUGCCAAACGAGAAAAAGAAGAGGCUAAAGCACUUAAGAAGAGAAAUAUGAAAAUGUUAGCACAAGUUUUAGAAAACAUGAAUGAAAUAACUUAUUGCAGUACAUGGAGUGAAGCUCAAGUUUUGCUUUUAGAAAAUUCUGCUUUUAAAAAUGAUGUCAGUUUACUGGGCAUGGAUAAAGAGGAUGCUCUUAUAGUGUUUGAACAGCACAUUAGAAAUUUAGAGGCUGAGUAUUUACAAGAAAAAGAACAGAUUAAAAAACGAACUAAACGACAACAACGGAAGAAUAGGGAUAACUUUUUGGCGCUGCUGGACAAUCUUCAUGAAGAAGGCAAGCUGACAUCAAUGUCAUUGUGGGUGGAGCUCUAUCCAGUUAUAUCUGCUGAUAUUCGUUUCUCUGCAAUGCUGGGUCAAAGUGGAUCAACACCCUUAGAUCUAUUUAAGUUUUACGUAGAAAACUUAAAGGCCCGUUUUCACGAUGAGAAGAAAGUUAUAAAAGAGAUAUUAAAAGAGAAGGCUUUCGAAGUGAAACCCGACACCACGUUCGAGGAGUUCGCGACUAUCGUGUGUGAGGACACAAAGUCCACCUCACUGGACGCAGGCAAUGUCAAACUGACUUACAACUCGCUGCUCGAAAAGGAAAUUUUACAGGCCGAAGCGCGUAAUAAGGAGAAAAUAAAGGAAGAAUCAAAAGCGCAGAAGAAAAUCGAGAGCGCGUUUAAAUGGGCGCUGAGCGACGCCAACGUGGACCACCUGCUACCCUGGAGCGAUGUCAAAGAGAAGCUGGACCUCACCGCGCCAGAGUUCGCAGCCGUGCCUGACGAAGAGGACCGCAUUAGAAUAUACAAAGACUUCCAGCAUGAGCAGGAGGACAGCUGCAUGCACUACCACCACCCCAAGUCGCGCAAGGCCAAGCGCUCCAAGAAGAAGAAACGUUCGCGCUCCGGCUCAUUGUCGGGUUCGGCAUCGGGACGGUCGCCAUCGCCAGCAGGUAGCGCGGGCACAUGGACCUCGGACGAGCGCAAGCACAAGAAGCCUAAGAAGAAGCACCGCAAGCACUCGCCGCAACCGCAGAAAUCUCCGACUCCGGAGGAGGGAGGCAUAUCAGAUGAGGAGGUAUCGCGACACAAGAGCAAGAAGGCAAAGCGCAGCGCGCCCAGCAGCGGCGACGAGCACGAGCCCACGCACAAGUCCAAGAAGAAGAAGGACAAGAAGGAAAAGAAAGAGAAAGUGGGCGGGUCCGGCGUGUGGAGCGACGCGGAGUUGGAGUCGCGUCGCGCGGCGCUACUGGCACAGCUACACGAGCAUGAGACCGACUGACGUUGCGUUACGCACAUACACAUCUUUAACGACUACCCGCCGCGGCCGCCGCCAGCCGCGCCUGCACACACCGCUCCCGCCUCCGAUGCAUCCGCGCCCGCGCCAGUACCUGCUCCUGUCGCCGUCGCCCUCGCCACACCCUCUCACACCGCUCUCGCCGACCAGCGACAAUGUGAAUCUGAGCCGGAACCGGACCCAAAAACAUAGACGAUAUUAAAGUGAUGUGCUAUUGGUAUAGACAAUUUAUAAAAUAGAGUAUGUUGCGUAUAUUAUUGUUAACGACAAAAGUGCUUAUAUUUUCGAGUGCUUACUCAAUUAAUUUCAAGAGAAUAUUGUAAAUAUGACGAAUGUCAGUAUACAAUGAUUUAGGUUCAAAGUAGCAUUUUACAAAUUUUGUAUUAAAUAUGAAUUUUAUGAUACUUUUGAAAAGUAUAUUACUAAAAUAAUGUUAUGUGUAUAAUAAUGUGCAUGUUCAUAAUUUUAAAGUUUAUUUUGGCUUAGAUUGUAGCCUAAAUGGGAGGUAAAUUUGUGUUUGCCUUUUGUAAAUAUGUAUAACUAAGUAAUUUAGGGCGAUAGUAAUGUAUAGUUUACGAAAGUCAUCAUAACUGCGCGUGGCAUUGAGAGUAAAUAUGGCCUAACAAAAGUAAUGAUCAAUAUUGUUUCAGAUUUAAAAAUUACAAUUGAAGAAGAUUCAUUGUGUAUACUGUAUUCAAAUAUAGACCCUUAAUCAUAGAUAAUUUACAAUUUAUGUUAAAUCUCGUUAAUUCGAAACUGUUAAAACAUUUUUUUCUCAAUAUUACCUCAAAUAUCAAAAUGGUCACCACGUAUGGAAUGUAAAGUUGAUCUGUUUACUUGAUUUCGACUUUGGAUCGAAACGAUGGAUAGUUCCUUAUAUUUUAUUUCUUUUAGAUUGCAUUUGAAUUACAAUCUUAGGGAACUCGUCCCGAAAAGACAGUACGAAUUCUUUAAGAUUAUUGAAUUAAUUAGGUUAAGGAUUUUUUUCUGAGACGUAAUAAAUAAUUAAUAGGCUUA